AUUUUUCGGCAAUCCUCGGCUCUGAGCUCUUGUUGACAUCAGCUGUUCUGUUUACAUGGUGGUUCCGUCGUGUUAUCGUUAUGUCUCAUGUGAGGAUUGACCUAAUCCAUCGUUUUGAUAUUAUUGAUUUCCUCGAGGAGUAUCAGAAGUUUCCCUGUUUAUGGAAGAAAUGUGACCCGAAUUUUAAAAACCGCAUAGAACGAGAAGCUGCAGAGAAAUCCCUCCUGGAAACCUUCAAAUUUGCUUCUGCAAAGGAAUUGAGGCAAAAAAUUCGAAGCAUUCGAGGAACCUAUAAUCAGGAACGAAACAAAGUGAGGAAUUCACUACUAACUGGAUUAGAUAUAUAUAAACCUAAACUGAUAUGGUUUGAUUUAGCAGACAGCUUCCUAAGGCAAAAUGAAAUGGACACUGAACACGAUUCAUUUCAGAUAACAGAGGAAGAGGAUUGUCUUCAUGGAGAAAUAGAAAAAAAAGAGGAAAUGACUCCAGAGCAACACCAAACUGAGCCAUCGACCUCUCACCAACUUUCACUAUCGAAUUCACAACAUCCAACACCCUCUCGGACUUACGCACACAUGAUUUCUCGAAAUCAAAAAAGAAAAAGAGAGAGGGUUGUACCUCAGAAUCGAAGAAAUAUCGCCAAAUUAGUUGACUCGUUAGAUAAUGCUGUGAAUGUACUAAAAGAGGUUUCUUCACGGUCACCUUCAGAUAAUAGCAAUGAAUUUGUUAUCUUUGGCAAUCAUGUUGCUUCGCAAUUACAGACACUUCCACUCGCAGAAGCCCUUCAGUUGCAAGCUGAAAUACAAUCGCUCAUUACAUCUGUUCGAGUGCAAUGUCUUCAGAAUAAUUCCUCAGUUAUGAACGAACAGCUUGUUACGACAGUACAACCUCAGUGUGUGGUUGCGACUUUAUCAGAACCUUAUCCUUGUGAACGACGGCCAUGCAAUAGAAAAUACAAGCCUGUCUGCGCGGAAAAAGUUGUUAAUGGUAAAUUAGAAAGGAAGACAUUCAGCAAUUAUUGCAUGAUGGAAGCAGCGAACGAUUGUGGAGGAGGAUACAGUGUAUGCAACCUUCAAGAAGAUGACGAUCAAGAGCAAUAAACGCUAUUCAAAGAACUUACCUCCAGAACUGUGUGAUACUGCAACAAAUAUAUAUUAAAAACAAUGUAAAUAUGUAGGCAAUAACAUGAAAAUUCUACCUACUGUAAAUAUUUUUAGAUUUUAAAUUGAUAGAGAAAUGACAUAAUAUAUGCGAAAAUAUAUUUUAUUUACAUGUAUA